CACAUUGAGUUGUAGUAGGCGAGCAGGCUCGGCGAGCUGUACGUCUGUCUCUAGGUGGAUGGGCAAAGGCAGAGUCCAACUGUCGUUGGCAGAUUGGUGAAAGAUUCAAAACUGAGGUGUUGCGAGCGGAGAGCCCACUUCGACAGCCUGACCGUGGACGAUUAACACCAAGUGGGAAGCCCUCUCCUACUCCUCGUCUCUCUUCCCCCUCCCCCUUUGCUUCGGAAGAAACAUUGAGGCAGGCACUGGCGGAGUAGGUUUAACUGGCUGAUUUUUUUUUCGAAGUCUUUGAGUCCCCCUAUUUUUCCUCCCGGUGAGCAUCUUCGUUGGCUCAUCUCACAACCAACUCAGGAUUCUUACGUUUGUCAUCAUCACCUAGUGUCACAGGACAGAGGGUUGUUACAAGAAUCUCCGGUAUCAACUCGAAUUCGAAGAGCUCGGGGAAUCAUGAACGGGCCCGUCGGAGAGGACCCCGAGGUGGUGGUCGACACGGGAGCUGGAAGAGCCAGUCGACACAUCGACAACAAAGAUAUUUCAAACCACCGAUCAGAAGAAAUGUUUGGGGGUGCUGACAAGGACCGUAAGAAGGGCCACCAGAACGGGCAUGCUAGCCCGGUCAGCAAUGGACCCAGCUCUCCUAUGAGCCCAGCUGCACAAAUACUCAACUUCGAGAACGAGGUUGGAGAGACACCACAACAGCGUGUGCAGUUCUUGUUGGGUGGCGAAGGAGAAAAUCAGAAAGAGACACCACCAGUCUACUCGGAAAUGGAGGAAUUGUUUUAUGACAAAGAGGGUCGAUUACUGGAAUGGAAAGAAACGGCGAGAUGGGUGAAAUACGAAGAGAAUGUCGACCACGGCGCCGGUAGAUGGAGCAAACCUCACGUUGCCACCCUGUCCCUUCACAGUCUCUUCGAACUCCGGAAGUUCAUCAGAAAUGGUGGAGUCCAACUCAACAUGGAGGCUGAGGAUCUCGAGCAAAUCAUUGAUCUUGCACUGGACCAUCUGGUAGCCACAAACGUGCUGGAGGAGGACCAGCGAAUCAUCGCCCGUGAGGCCCUCCUUACCCGCCAUCGUCAUCACAAACAGAAGAAGAAGAAGGAGCCUGAAAACAAAGCCUACAAUAAAGGAAGAAGGAAAAGCAGCAUGUUCCCCGGUAUGGACCGCAGCAUGUCCGAUAUUGGCCGCAGUCAGUCCACAGGAAACAACACAGUCAGCAUGGAACAAGAGGCACAAAUGAAGGAAGGAGAGAUGAGGAAAAACUCGAGCGCAAAUGCUUUGACGAAAAUGCCCGAAGGUGCCCGAACAGAGAGCAGAGGGUCUGUCGGAAGGGUCGGCACAUCGGAGAGUCUAGACCAGAAGGAGAAAGAAGUUAAAAAUGAGAAGGCCAAAUUCCUUCGAAAGAUCCCGGCCGGUGCCGAGGCCUCCAAUGUACUCGUGGGCGAGGUCGACUUCGUUGAGAAGCCCAUGGUCGCCUUCAUCCGCCUUGCCGAGGGUAAAAUCCUCUCCGAGAUCACCGAGGUGCCCAUCCCGACCCGCUUCGUCUUCCUCCUGUUAGGACCCCCUACAGAGGAUAAGAAGAAAUACCGUGAAAUCGGCCGUUGCAUGGCAACCCUUAUGACAGACGAUGUCUUCCACGAAGUAGCUUACAAAGCAAGAGAUAGGGAAGAUCUAUUAGCCGGUCUUGAUGAGUUCUUAGAACAGGUCACUGUACUACCCCCAGGUACGUGGGAUCCUAAUAUCCGUAUCGAACCCCCCAAGCAGACGCUAUCAUCUGAAAUGAGAAGACAAUCUCAGCACUUCAUCCAUCCCAGUGACGCAAUCAAGGAAGAAGAUGAUGACAAAUUUGAUCUUGCCAGAACAGGAAGAUUAUUCGGUGGUUUAAUCCAAGACAUCAAGAAGAAAGCACCGUUCUAUUGGAGCGAAUACUACCACGCCCUCAACAUCCAAUGCUUGGCAUCCUUUGUUUUCAUGUACAUCGCCUGUAUCACCCCCAUCAUCACAUUCGGUGGUUUGCUUGGUGAUGCCACGGAUGACUACAUUGCUGCUUUUGAGAGUUUGAUUGGAGCUGCCAUCUGUGGAGUUGCGUACCAUCUUUUCUCUGGUCAACCUCUUACGAUUAUCGGUAGUACGGGGCCUAUCCUCAUCUUUGAGACCAUCAUGUUCCAACUUUGUGGGUCGUUUGGAAUUGAUUAUAUCUCAUUCCGUGUUUGGAUCGGAUUUUGGACUUGUGUGAUCUGCAUCAUCUUGGUGGCUACGGAUGCCAGUGCCUUGGUUCGAUACUUCACCAGGUUCACGGAAGAGGCUUUCUCGUCUCUCAUCUCGUUCAUCUUCAUCGUAGAAGCCUUUGAGAACCUGUUCGAGAUCAGUCACGAGUACCCGAUCAAGACUAAUGUGAAGAUCGGUGAGUACUUCGACGAGCACGCCAUGAACGUGACGGAAUGCAUGUGCGAGUACCAGAACGAGACCAUCGACCCGACUCACUACAACUGGACAGAGGUGACCGAAGAAGACUGUAAAGCCGUCAACGGAACCCUGACCGGAGACUGUGAAACCCACCACGAGCCCGUCCCCGAUGUCUUCCUGUUCUCCUGCGCGCUUUUCUUUGGCACCUUUGUCCUCGCCUAUGCUCUCAAGAACUUCCGCAAUAGCAACUUCUUCCCAACCAAGGUCCGUUACAUCAUCAGUGAUUUCGGUGUGUUCAUGGCUUUCUUGGCCAUGACUGGAAUUGAUAUCUGGGUGGGCAUCCCGACUCCUAAGCUCACCGUACCAGACACAUUCAGGCCUACUCGCCCAGACCGUGGAUGGGUGAUCCCACUCUUCAACAACCCCUGGUGGACUUACUUCGCCGCCAUCGUCCCGGCCCUUCUCUGCUCCAUCCUCAUCUUCAUGGACCAACAGAUCACGGCCGUCAUUGUCAACCGUCGCGAAAAUAAACUCAAGAAAGGAUUCGGCUACCAUCUGGAUCUCCUCGUCAUCGCCAUUCUCCUUUUCGUUAUGUCUGUGCUCGGUAUGCCGUGGUUCGUCGCCGCUACCGUUCUCUCUAUCAACCACGUCGACAGCUUGCGUGUCAUGUCGGAGACCACCAUCCCCGGAGAGCCUCCCAAGGUCGAAGGCUGCAGGGAGCAACGUGUUACCGGUAUCCUGGUGUUUGCUUUGAUAGGUGUAUCCAGUCUGCUAACUUCAGUUCUUAAGUUCAUCCCCAUGCCUGUUCUCUUUGGUGUUUUCUUGUACAUGGGUAUCUCAUCACUGCGUGGAGUUCAGUUCGUGGACCGUAUCAUGUUGUACCUGAUCCCGGCCAAACAUCAACCCGACUAUGUCUACCUUCGCCACGUGAAGCUAUGGAGGGUUCACCUCUUUACCCUGGUCCAGCUGACGUGUCUUGUUCUGCUCUGGCUCAUCAAGACAUCAAAGGCAUCAAUCGUCUUCCCUCUCAUGGUGUUGGCUGUUGUCUUCGUCCGUAAACUCAUGGAAUUCGUGUUCACUCAGUACGAGUUGAACGUAUUGGAUGACGUCAUACCUGAAAGUCAAAAGCGCGCCAAGGACGACGAGGAAAAGAUUUUGGAGGAGGAACGCGAGCAGGUGACCCGUGCUCGCACAGGUACACUCACCAUCGCACUGGAGAGUGGUCAGACCUUGACUGUGCCCGCUGAGAAGGUGACGUACACCCCACGUGACUCGGAAAUGAACUCUGAAAUCGAGAACGCCAAGGCGCUCAGCAAGCUCAGCGGAUCGCCCCUCCCCACUGUCCGCAACCGCCGUGCUGCGUCUAAAACAAUCAAGGACGUCGAAGCAAACGCAGAAGAAGGAAUCGAACUCCCAAGCGGUACCUCAAGUUUCGGCGUUCAGGCCGAUAUGGACGAUACGCGUUUUUAAAAGAAAGAACGCGAAAAGGCCGUCAAUUUUAUGACGUAACAAUCAACUAAAUUUCGGGAGAUUUCAAAAUGGUCUUCGAAACCGACCUAGCGUUCCUACUGGUUCAAUUCAAUUUUACAAUACGAUGGUAGAAUCUAGUCCAAUAUGUUGGAUAUAUUUGGUUGAUUGAGACCUUAUGUUGCCCUCACAUGGUGACGUAAUCAGAGGGUAGCAUGCAGUUUACAGGUGAUGUAAACAAGUUUAAAUUUGCCACACUACUUCUUGUAACGCGUAUAUCUCGUCAAAACACUUGUGCGCAUGUGCGUCAUAGAAAUUGCACCGAAAUCUUCAGUUGGCCUAUAUAAUGAUGGAAAUUCAAGAGGAGCUAUAAAAAUAAAGAGAAGGCUUAUUGUUCGAUUCUACCUUAGCAAUCACUUGAUGAGAAUUCUCCAACAUAGAUUACAAAUGUAAAUAUUACAAAAACAUGUGAUUAUCUUCAUACAGAAUUUCUUGAUUUUUAUAUUAUGGAGGGGGUGAUAUAUAUAACCGUCUUCCAGAUUUAUAGAUUAAAUUCUUGAAAUGUAGGAUCACGUGUUUUGUGAUUUAAAAAUCUUGUAGAUUUCACAAAUUUCUAACAGUCUUCCGCGGUAAAAAGUAUUCAUUUUGUAUUCAUUUGCACGCGUGUGUGUGAAAAUACAUUCAUCUCCUUUUAAAAAUAGAAAUACUGAAGAACCGAACAGAAUUAGGAGAGGGUGUGUCUACUUCCAUAAUAAAAUGCUAAGUAUUUGACAUGAAAUUGGAUUAUGGUGUGUGCUUUGCCUUUGCGGAUAAUUCCGUAAAAAAUGUAAUUUCACAUAUUCAAAAAUCACAAAUCUAAUGGUAUUCAUGAUUUAUGCUUAGCCAGCUAUCAACUCAGAAAGAAAUGUUAAUGAAUUCCUAUGCAUCUGUGCGUUUUUAAGUCUUUCUUCUGAUCAGUCUUUCAAAGCAAUCUUGAAUAAAUUUUCAAAGCAAUUUCGAAAUGAAUUUUAGUAAUGAACGCAAUGAUACAUUUGUAUAUUUUAUUCAAUAAUCGUUUAUCGUAAAUGUGUAACUGAAAAAAAUACCACGUCUUUCUGAUUUUAUUGAUAUUUUUAAUCCUAUGGAUAACUGAUUUCUCGAUAUUUUGAUACUUAUAAGAUUAAUCAUCCAGAGUGAUAUUUGGAUGGUUAGAACCAAUGGUGAAUAUAUAUUUGCAAUAUUUUGAAUAAUCUGUGCUGCAAUCUACCUAAAUUGAAUCAUAAAUUUGAUUCAAUGAAUCGUGCACUUCAAAGCAGUUGUAAUUCAUUAGGUUGAUAAAUGCCGAAUAUUAAAUUUGUACAAAGUGAUAUCGUAGUUUUCUUAUUCACGAUUGAAGGUUUUUAACUUAUUGCUUUUGAAAUUCUUAAAACUAUCUGAUUUGAAUUAUAGAAAUCAGUAGCCUUUGGUAUAUUUCUGUCUCAAAUUUAUACCGAAAAUCGUAAUUUGUAAAGUGAAUUUGAAUAUUACACUGUAUAUUUUCAAAAAAAAUAUAUACAAUUUCUGCCUUUAACCUUUGUGUUAUAUUUACUUGUACGGUGUUACUUUCAUCUAUGAAUGUGAUAAAUUCAAGCAUUUGGUAGACAUAAUAUUAUUAAACACGAUCUAAAUGAUCAAUUAGACUACUUGGUCCCCCAGGAGUAUCAUUUUAAAGUCAUUCGAACUAACGAAAGCUUUUGCUCCUUUUAUUCACGUAUAUUGUAGUAUAUACACUUUGAGAUGAUACACAAAAUUAUAUAAAUUUCGGUGGUAUUCGUGGAAUUUUAGAAAUAUGGUAGACCGCUGAUUAGAUGAAAUCAUAUUUUGUCUUCUUGCGUCAACUUAAAGGUUAUAUAUAUACAUGUUUAUGCAAUCGUAAUCUAUGUUUUUCUAUUACUAUUUGAAUGCUCAAAGAUAUCUUAUUUUAUGUGAUGACUAUGUUUCAUCGCUCAGUGUAUCCUGACUGUAACUAAAUUGAUGUUGGCAUUGAAAGAGGUUAAUGGACAUGAAGAGACUUUAAAAAAUAGUGAAUGAAGAAUUGUACAGAGAUUUUCAUUCAUACGUUUGCGAACAAAAUGUUUGUAUCAUAUAAGAGAGCAAUUUAUGGCGUAUUGAAAAAAGUGAAGGGGCAUGGAUGGGGAAGGAGUGGGGAGCAGGAGCUCGGGGGGGGGGGGGUCAUUUGAUUCGAAUAUCGAGAGUCCAAAUGGGAUUUAGUUUCUUUAUUCGUUUACAAUUUGAGAACACAUCCUCGCAUCUUCAUAUGCUAUAUUGUGACAGUUUAUGCAUGUUGAAUUGUUGUAACAUAAUUUCAAAACUAUACAAAAGUUACAUUUCUAUCUUGCAAGUGGAUUAUUUUGGCUAUGGAGUUUCGGAAUAAUAAGAAAUACAAUGAGUAAUGGUUAUGUUGGCGCUUAUUAUAUCGUAAGCGGGCUUACAGUAAAAAAAAUAAGAGAACAAAAACAUAGUCUUCUUGUAUUCAUGUAUUAGUGAGUCUUUAUUUUUCCAGCAAUUAAAUAAGCAUUGACAAACGA